UUGAGGGUAACAUGGGCGCCGCUUCUCGUUGUCGUCUGCUUACAUCAGACGAUACUGGGGCAGAUCUCGCCAUCUCAAAGCAACUUCGCCAAAACUUACCAUCUUUAUGUUCUCAAUGCCCAGCUGGAGAGACUUAUGGAAGAAAUCUAUGCGGAUUGCCCAUCUUUCUUCCAUAAACCGGACAACUUUGCACAACUUGGGGGCCUUUUUGGGAAAAGGCAGUUGGCACCCGUGGAUUCGGAUAUUCUGGACCUGAAAAUUAAGUUGGCUCAGCAUGCUCUUGACCUGGCAUCAAAACGCCACAUUGAAUGCUUGAAAGUGACCACCACCACCCGUCCAAGCACCACGGAUAUCGAUGAAUGCGCCAGUCAACCAUGUAAAAACUGGGCUACGUGUAAGGAUGGUGUGAACUCCUACAGCUGUGUGUGUCUGUCUGGUUAUACGGGACAAACGUGUGCAACAGAUAUAGAUGAAUGUGCCAGUCAACCAUGUAAAAACGGGGCUACAUGUUAUGAUGGUGUGAACUCCUACAUGUGCGUGUGUCAGCCUGGAUAUACGGGACAGACGUGUACAGUAGAUAUCGAUGAAUGCGCCAGUCACCCAUGUAAAAACGGUGCUACGUGUGGGGAUGGUGUGAACUCCUACAGUUGUGUGUGUCCACCUGGAUAUACGGGACAGACGUGUAACAUUGACAUCGAUGAAUGUGCCAGUCAACCAUGUAAAAACGGUGCUACGUGUAAGGAUGGUGUGAACUCCUACAGCUGUGUGUGUCUGUCUGGAUAUACUGGACAGACGUGUGCCAUAGAAAUCGAUGAAUGCGCCAGUCAACCAUGUAAAAAUGGAGCCACGUGUAUGGAUGGUGUGAAUUUCUACAGCUGCGUAUGUCUGUCCGGAUAUACCGGACAGACAUGCGCAAAAAAUUGCAAACUGAGAGUAGAUGUUGCAUUUCUGGUGGACGAAUCAGGGACUGUUGGAGAAGCUCAAUUCCAGAAAGUUUUGCAGUUCAUCCACAACAUGGUGAAUACUUCUUUUAAUGUCAGUAAAGACGCAGUUCGGGUGGCUAUGAUAACCUUUGGGACAGGUUACAAAGUGCAAUUUAUAUUGCGAGACACCACCAACAAAACUGAUGUUUUGAAUAAGAUAGAUGCUGUAGCUUACCAAGGCGGAGGCACAGACACUUCUCUAGCCAUACGAUUAGCAAGGGUGGCAUUUUUAAACCCAUUACGACCAGCAGGUGCUAGAAAAGGAAUUCCGCAAAUCGCCAUUGUGAUAACUGACGGGCUUUCCGACGACCCCACUGAGACCAAAAAAGAAGCAGAAUUAGCUCAAAAGCAAGGUAUAGAGAUAUUUGCUAUUGGUAUUGGUAACUUUACAAACUACAGUGAGCUUCAAGCCAUUGCCAGUGAUCCCGAUGACGGACAUGUUUACAAUGUCGAUGAUUUUACAGCGCUUAUGAACAUUGGUGAUAUGGUGUCUAGAAGCAUUUGUAAAGGACUCCAUAGUGCCAGUAUGCUCAACGAGAAAUAG